AUGACCAUCCUCACCGACGACGAGAAGCAAAUCGUCAAACGCACCGUCCCCAAACCCAACAACAAAAUCCACGCCGUCGCCGUCGCCAAACUCUACGCCUCCACCCCCUCCAACCCAACAUGGACCUACACGGGCCUGCAGGGCGCCAUCGUGCUCGCCGACGACAUGGUCGGCCACACCUUCUGGUUCAAGCUGGUGGACGUCAGCUCCUCCAACCGCGGCGUGCUCUGGGACAUGGAGAUCUACGAUCCGUUUCACUACUACCAGGACCGCACGUUCUUUCACUCGUUUGAGGGCGAGGGGUGUAUGAUGGGGUUGAGUUUUGCAGAUGAGAAGGAGGCGGGCAAGUUUCGGAAGAAGGUGGAUGAGAGGGAGAAGAAUGCUUCGAAGGAUACACGGAAAACGCCGUUUGGGCAUGGUGCGGGACAGGGCGGUGGUGGUGGUGGUGCGGCGGAUGGAGGUGGGAAACACCAUCGUUUUGGCGGACUCUUCUCAAGCCACAAGAGCUCUGCGCCUAGCGGACCGCCGCAGACUAUUAUUCCCCCCAGAGGAGUGGAGAUCAACUCGAGCGUCAACCCCGCGCCUGCUGCACCGAGGGCCAAUUCGCAUGGAAUCGAUCUGACCGAUCCGGCCGUGCAGGCUGUCUUGCAGGAUCUCAAGGCAAUGGGAAUCACCGAAGAUCAAAUCGAGGAGCAUGCGGGCUUCAUCAAGAGCUAUCUAGAGCAGAACAAGGCCGCCGCAGCCGCUGCAGAGCAUGAUCGGAGAUCAAGAGCGCCUCCACCGCCACCUCCAGGCGGUGCAAGCGAUCUCUCCCCGCAAAGAACAAGCAGCAGUGCAGGCAGAGGCCCACCACCGCCGCCGCCUCCUUCAAGGAGAGCAGUCAGCGGAACGACAGGUGCACGCCCGCCCAGUCCCGAGUCAAGUCCCACUCGCGCACCCUCCCCUCCAAGGCCCCGCUUCCGCGCUCCUCCGCCCCUCGCCGAAGCCGGUAAAUUCGCCAACGACGCAGCACCAAGCCGAAGUCGCGCAGACAGCCAAAGCGCAAACGGCGGCAUCCCACCUCCACCGCCCCGCCCAGCCAAAAUCCCCCUCGACGAGCCAUCCGACGGCCGCGCCCACGCCGUCCCUCCCGCCUUCGACGGCAAACGAAUCACCUCCUCAACCGGACCACCCCCACCGCCCGCAAGAAGCAGUGGCGGGCCCCCGCCCCCUCCACCCCGAGACGCAGUGCACUCCGUCCCCCCUCCUCUACCCCCCUCAUCAGCACGCCCCGUCCCCCCACCACCAAACGGAAACUCCGCACCUCCACCUCCACCCCCCCUCCCACCCCCAAACCACUCCUCACCCUCUUCCGGGCCUCCACCACCUCCACCUCUUCCCCCACCCUCAUCAUCCUCCGCCGGCGGCCCCCCACCACCUCCAAUGCCACCCCGCACCUCCGCACCACUUCCCGCCCCCGCGCCAGGCCGCGACGGCCUCCUAGCCGACAUCCGCGGCGGCGCGCGCCUGAAGCGCGUCUCCGAUGCCGAGAAGCGGGAUCGUAGUGCUGCGGCGGUGCCUGGGGCGGAACCUGCUGUUUCGCCGGCUAGUGCGGGCGGAGCUGGGGGUGGUGCGCCGGAAGGUGGAUUGGCGGGGGCGUUGGCUAGUGCGCUUGCGGCGCGGAAGAGUAAGGUUAGCCAUUCUGAUGACGAAAAGGACGACGAUGACUGGUAG